AUGAUAGAGCAAGCCAUGGGCAGCGUCAGAGUCAACCGGUACAGCAUCGUCUCGACCGAAGAGGAUGGCCACAAGGUCUCUGCGCUGGGCAGCAUGAAUGGGCACAGCCGGAAUGGGAAGGGCCAUGCCCCCCGGCGGAAGCACCGCAACCGUUUCGUGAAGAAGAACGGCCAGUGCAACGUCUACUUUGCCAACCUGAGCAACAAGUCUCAGCGUUACAUGGCUGACAUCUUCACCACCUGCGUGGACACGCGCUGGCGGUACAUGCUCAUGAUCUUCUCCGCUGCCUUCCUGGUCUCCUGGCUCUUCUUUGGCUUCCUCUUCUGGUGCAUCGCUUUCUUCCACGGUGACCUCAAUGCACCGGUGGUGGGAAGCGGUCCUUCCCUCCUCAAACCCUGCAUCAUGCACGUGAACAGCUUCCUAGGGGCUUUUCUUUUCUCGGUGGAGACACAGACAACCAUUGGGUAUGGCUUCCGCUGUGUGACUGAGGAGUGCCCACUGGCUAUCAUGGCAGUUGUGGUCCAGUCCAUCGUGGGCUGUGUUAUUGACUCCUUCAUGAUUGGCACUAUCAUGGCCAAGAUGGCAAGGCCCAAGAAGAGGGCUCAGACUCUCCUCUUCAGUCACCACGCAGUCAUCUCAGUGCGGGAUGGCAAACUGUGCCUCAUGUGGCGGGUGGGCAACCUGAGGAGGAGCCACAUUGUGGAGGCCCAUGUCCGAGCUCAGCUCAUCAAGCCCUACAUGACGGAGGAAGGAGAAUACCUCCCACUGGACCAGAGGGACCUAAAUGUGGGCUAUGACGUGGGUCUCGAUCGUAUAUUUUUGGUCUCCCCCAUUAUUAUUGUUCAUGAGAUCGAUGAGGAGAGCCCACUUUAUGGGAUUGGCAAGGAGGAGCUGGAGACGGAGAACUUUGAGAUUGUUGUUAUCCUGGAGGGAAUGGUGGAAGCCACAGCCAUGACCACACAGGCACGCAGCUCUUACCUUGCUAGUGAAAUCCUCUGGGGCCACCGUUUUGAACCGGUUGUGUUUGAGGAGAAGAACCACUACAAAGUAGAUUAUUCACGCUUUCACAAGACCUAUGAAGUAGCUGGCACACCUUGCUGCUCUGCCCGGGAGCUGCAAGAGAGCAAGAUGACUAUUCUACCUUCUCCCCCACCUCCCAGUGCCUUCUGCUAUGAGAAUGAGCUAGCUCUUGUCAGUCAAGAUGAAGAUGAAGAUGAUGAGGAUGAAGUGGGUGUAGUGUUAGGGGGCAGCACCAAGGAGGAGGGAGGUGUCAUCCAAAUGAUGGAUUUUGGAAGCCAUCUGGACCUAGAGCGACUCCAGGCAACCCUGCCCCUAGAUACAAUCUCAUACCGCAGGGAGUCAGCCAUCUAA